AUGUCGUUGUGCCCAGACUGCAUUAAGGGUAUUCGUCACGAGGGGACUCCAGAAGGCAAGAUCGAGGAGAUAGGAGGUGUGAGAUGCUAUGUUGGUACACCUUCCGGCGAAUACAACGAGGAGAAGGCCGUCCUCUUUCUCCCGGACGUCUUUGGUAUUGACUUCGUCAACGCUCAGCUCCUCGUGGACGAUUUUGCCAGAAACGGAUUCAAGACCAUCGCGAUCGAUUACCUUAAUGGUGAUCCGCUCCCUCAGGACGCCUUCAGCGGCGGCAAAUAUGAUAUUAAUGCCUGGUUCGCUAAUCACGGAAACGAUGUGACCCGGCCCCACAUCGACAAGGUCGUUGCUGUGCUCAGGGAACAGGGCGUGAAGGACUUUGGUUCUGCUGGUUACUGCUUUGGUGCGCGGUACAGUUUUGACCUCGCAUUUGAGAACAUCGCGAAGGUCACUGUCGUUUCUCACCCUUCGCUUCUCAAAGUUCCCGAGGAUCUUGAGAAAUACAAGAAGCUGUCCAGAGCUCCUCUCCUGAUCAACUCCUGCACGUUUGACGCACCGUUCCCUAAGGAAUCCCAAGCAGAAGCAGAUAGGAUCCUUGGCGACGGUGAGCAAUUUACGGCAACCUACCGCCGAGAGUACUUCGAGGGAUGCACACAUGGCUUUGCUAUUCGUGGUGAUGUGUCCAAGCCGGAGGUUAAGGCGGGUAAGGAGGGCGCCUUCAAGGCUGCUGUGUUAUUCUUUAAGAAUCAUUUGUAA